AUGAGCAGUGGAUCGAGUUACACAAAUUCGCGCGAUUUCCCACCGGGAUAUGGAGACUUUAAGCUCAUUUCCAGCGACAAAGUCGCCUUCCACAUUCCUCGUUCGCUUCUGACCCAUGUCUCCCCCGUCUUUCGAGACAUGUUCGCAAUGGGAGAUGGACCUUCAGAGCUCCAGGUGACAGAGGACGCUACCGCCCAAAAGUAUCAAGCUCCUCAAGUCGUCAAAUGGUGGGAGAGAGAGGUCAGAAAGCCAUCACGGAAGAAGCUCAACGACCCAAUGCUCUGCCUGGCCAUCGCUGCACGUUUCAGUCUACACGAGACCGUGCGUGCGGCUUUGCGAGACCUAGUCAAGGCCCCUCUCAAAGAGCUCCAGACGCCCAUUCUCUUUGAGAGCAAGUUAUUCUCACAUUUACUCGAACUACGCGCCGACCGAAGCGCAUGGUUCAGAGCGAAGCUAACACAGGUAAUGGCUCCGGUAUGGGCAAUGGGCUCUUGGCGAUUUGCAGGACCAAACUUUCAGCGAGUCGCCACUUGGUUCAUGGAGGUCGCGGCCGGUCUAGACGAGGAGCCAAGUUGGAGAAUCUUGAUGGUGUAUUGGGACAAGGUAGAGAUUGAGCCUCUUCGUCGAUAUGUUGAGCAGGGCGCUUUCGAGCAGUGGAGGAGCGAGGCAGCCGAGCUCGAAGACAGUCUCCCAGAGCUACCCAAGUAG